AUGAUAUUAUGUCAAUGCAAUCCAUUGAACGGUCAUAAUGUUGGAAACCAAACAACUAACAGAUCUCAUCACAACAGUAGCAUCAAUGACUCGCGGGUAAUCUACAAAUAUUUGUCGGCAAAGAAGGGCUGUUCGUUCAAAGGCAACAAUUACUUGUCCGGCGAGCGAAUUGUCCGAAGACAUCGAUGUCAUCAUUGUCUUUGUGACAACGGUUUUGUCAAAUGCUUUUGGCAAAGCUGUCCGCCACCUCCCGAGGGCUGUACAGUCAUACCAUACGAGGGUGUAUGCAAUCCAUCCAUUUAUAAUUGCCCAAUACCUGAGAGAAACCAAACAAUGUAUGUAAAGUCAAGAAGAUUAAGACAGAGAUACGGCUCACGAAAAUUAGACGAGGGUUUGGUUCGAGCAGAUUGUGUCAUACGGGGUAUCGCCUACUUUACCGGCGAAACAAUUGGUGUCGCGUCUAAUAAUUGUCUAGAGUGCCGGUGCGCCAGAAACUCUAUGUAUUGUUCACCCCUUUGCUGUACAUACCAGAGAACCACUACUGAAGAAAACUUUGGCAUUAAUUAUCGUCGUAUUGAUACACAAAGUCGAGUACCGGAUCCCAAUCCGUUGGCACAUAUUUACGAAGAUAUGGGAUUAUCACCUACCGGUGCACGACUAUUGUAA